UUUACAACCAUACGGAUAACAUGGCCGCCUCUGUGGCACCGGGUGUGCUGCUACAUAAUAUUAAUAAACAGAUAUGGAUAUUGUAUCCGAAAGCUUCGUUUCAUCGUUGUGCUGCAGUCAGGCGAAUAGGCACAUCUGCUUCACGAUGCAAAAGUCAGCCACAGCUGAAAAGAAAGAGUUCUCCCCAGGAGCUGGUCGGGGUGGUGGGGUUGGAAAUCCAUGCUCAGAUCCACUCCAACACCAAGCUGUUCUCCGGCUCCCAGGUCGGCUUCUUAGCACCACCAAACUCCCUGGUGUCAUUCUUGGAUGCAUCUUUACCUGGCACAUUACCGGUCCUGAACAGAAGAUGUGUUGAGGCAGCGGUAAUGACAGGCCUGGCUCUCAACUGCACCAUCAACAACAAGUCACUUUUUGACAGGAAGCACUAUUUCUAUGCUGACCUUCCUGCCGGCUACCAGAUCACCCAGCAACGGCAGCCCAUAGCGGUCAAUGGCAUGCUGACUUACAGCCACCUGGGAGGGAAGAAGAGGAACCAAGUAGUCAACAAGACUGUCCAAAUCAAACAGAUUCAGCUGGAGCAGGACAGUGGCAAGAGUCUCCACGAUGACCAGCGCAGCCAGACACUGAUCGACCUCAACAGAGCAGGUGUAGGUCUCAUGGAGCUGGUGAUGGAGCCAGACAUGAGCUGUGGAGAGGAGGCCGCUGCAGCUGUCAGAGAGCUGCAGCUCAUACUGCAGGCCCUGGGCACCUGUCAAGGCAACAUGUCUGAGGGCCAGCUGAGAGUAGAUGCCAAUGUGUCCGUCCACAUGCCAGGUGAGCCCCUGGGCAUCAGGACAGAGGUGAAGAACAUCAACAGUGCCCGAUACUUGGCUCGAGCAAUAGACUAUGAGAUCCAGAGGCAGAUAGGUGUCCUGCAGAGAGGGGGGACUGUGCAGAAUGAGACCCGGGCCUUUGAUUCCAAAUCAGGACAGACCAUUCCUAUGAGGGACAAGGAGGGUCUUCAGGAUUAUAGGUUCAUGCCGGAGCCCAACCUGCCCCCUCUGAUAGUGUACAAGGAUAACGCAUCGCUGCCCACCGGUGUUGACGCGUGCCAGGCGGUGGUGGUGGAGCGGAUCAGGGAGGGGCUGCCAGAGCUGCCCAGUGUCACAAGAGACAGGCUGGUACAGACGUACGCCAUCUUGCCCGAGCACAGCUUCACUCUGGUGAACGAGGACGGACUGGUGGAGUAUUUUGAGGCAGUGGUCAGGGAGACCAAGAGGGAGCCAAGGAAUGUGAUCGGCUGGGUGACAAAUGAGCUGCUGAGUCUUCUUAAACAGAAAGACCAAAGUGUGAGCCAGAGCCCAGUCUCUCCCUCUGCCCUGGCGGAGCUGCUGGAGCUCCAGGAAACAGGACACAUCUCCUCCUCUGUUGCCAAGCAGGUGUUCCAGGAGAUGUGGAGGUCAUCGGGGAAGACGGCCUUGCAGGUCAUCCAGGAGCAGGACUUGGGCUUAGUGAGUGACACCAAGGAGAUACACAACAUCUGUCAGAGGGUGGUGGACUCCCAUCCUGAUCUGGUUCGGGCCAUCAGAAAUGGGAACAAGAAAGUUCUGAACAAGCUGAUGGGCUUGGUUCAAAAAGAGACCAAAGGCCGAGCCGACCCUGUUGUGGUGCGGGCGCUGCUUGAGGAGAAGACCUCAUGAAGACAAAGCACGGCCAUGUCACUGAGAGAAAUUAGACUUAAUGACGCAUGAGACUUCAGUGCAUCUUUAUGAAAAAAGUGAAGAUGUGGCAAUGGUACCUUUCUGCUAGUGUGAAGGAACUGAUAUACAGAGUGCCCUUGUCCUUGUCUCUUACUGUCUGGAGAGUUUCUCGUGGGUGUAGGUUUAUUAGAAGAGGAAUGUGUUGAUUUGUAUUAAUUGCAGUAGUCAGGCUGCAAUGUUGGUACAUCAUGUUCUGUAUUUAUAAAUGUACACGAUGUGUUCGAAAAUAAUAAAUCUUAUAAACUGUUGGCUUGUACCUCCUGCAUCACUUUUGUAUUUCCAUCUGGUGUGCUUUGUGGGUAAAAAAAGAUAUUGGAGUGCUUGCCAGUUUUAAUAUUAGCAAAUAAAACUUUUUUGAUUUGUGCA